CCUUUUUUUUUUUGUUUUCUCUCUUACCUUUCGAAUCCCUAACCUUUUUUUCUCUCUAUAAAUACUUCACCAGAACAACGCAAAGAGAGAGAGAGAGACAGACGAGACAAACAGAAAAAAAAAAAGAAAAAAGAAAAAGGAAAACUAAAGGGAAAGCGGUGAAACGACCUGUGGUUCUCUUGGCUUUUCUCCGAAAAUUUCUUCCGAUCUGUGCAGUUCAAUCUGAUCUCUUUUUUUUUGUUGAUUUCUUUUUACAGAAUUACAAUCAUGUCCUCGCUUAGCAGAGAACUUGUGUUCCUGAUACUUCAGUUCCUUGAGGAAGAGAAAUUUAAAGACAGUGUUCACAAAUUGGAGCAAGAGUCAGGGUUUUUCUUCAAUUUGAGAUAUUUUGAGGAUAUGGUGACAAAUGGGGAAUGGGAUGAAGUAGAGAAGUAUCUUUCAGGGUUUACAAAGGUUGAUGAUAACAGAUAUUCCAUGAAGAUUUUCUUCGAGAUCCGAAAACAGAAGUAUCUUGAAGCUCUUGACAAGCGGGAUCGUGCUAAAGCCGUGGAGAUUUUAGUUAAAGACCUGAAAGUGUUUUCGGCAUUUAAUGAGGAACUUUUUAAGGAAAUUACACAUCUGUUGACAUUGGAAAACUUUAGAGAAAAUGAGCAACUAUCCAAAUACGGGGAUACGAAAUCGGCUAGGUGUAUAAUGCUUGCUGAAUUAAAAAAGUUAAUAGAGGCUAAUCCCCUUUUCCGCGAUAAGCUUCAGUUUCCUACCUUGAAGAGCUCAAGACUGCGGACACUAAUAAAUCAAAGUUUGAAUUGGCAGCAUCAGCUUUGUAAAAAUCCAAGGCCUAAUCCGGACAUAAAAACCCUAUUUGUAGAUCACAGUUGUGGACAACCAAAUGGUGCACAAGCUCCAUCCCCUAUCACUAAUCCUUUAAUGAGUGCUGUUCCGAAGGCAGGGGGUUUUCCUCCAUUGGGUGCUCAUGGUCCCUUUCAGCCCUCACCUGCCACUCUUCCAACCUCUAUUGCUGGAUGGAUGGCUAACCCAACUCCUAUGCCUCACCCUGCGGCUUCUGCUGGACCAAUAGGGCUUGCUUCACCUAACAAUGCAGCUGCAAUCUUAAAACGCCCUAGAACUCCUACAACAAAUAACCCUGCUCUGGACUACCAGUCAGCAGAUUCUGAUCAUGUUUUGAAGAGAUCAAGGCCCUUUGGAAUGCCAGAUGAGGUCAAUAAUCUGCCAAUAAAUAUUUUGCCCGUUCCAUAUGCCGGCCAGAGCCAUGGUCAGAGUUCUUAUUCUCUUGAUGACUUGCCCAAGACCGUCGUUAUGACUCUAAGUCAGGGGUCUGCAGUCAAGAGCAUGGAUUUCCAUCCAAUGCAACAAACUGUACUUCUUGUGGGAACAAACAAUGGUGAUAUCAUGGUGUGGGAAGUAGGUAAUGGUGAAAAGAUAGCUCUUAAAAAUUUUAAGGUCUGGGACCUUUCAGCAUGUUCAAUGCCUCUGCAGGCAUCUCUGGCUAAUGAUUAUACAGUAUCAGUUAACCGUGUUAUGUGGAGCCCUGAUGGAGCUCUUUUUGGUGUUGCGUAUUCCAAGCAUAUUGUGCACAUAUACUCCUACCAUGGUGGUGAUGAUCUACGUAACAACCUAGAGAUUGAGGCUCAUGUUGGGAGUGUUAAUGAUCUCGCAUUUUCUUAUCCAAACAAACAAUUGUGCGUUGUCACUUGUGGCGAGGACAGGGUUAUGAAGGUUUGGGAUGCAACUAAUGGGGCUAAGGUGUACACUUUUGAGGGCCAUGAAGCACCUGUCUAUUCAAUAUGUCCUCAUCACAAGGAAAAUAUUCAGUUUAUUUUCUCAACAGCAACUGAUGGGAAAAUAAAGGCAUGGUUGUAUGAUAAUAUGGGUUCAAGAGUUGACUAUAAUGCACCGGGCCAGUCAUCCACAAGAAUGGCAUACAGUGCUGAUGGAACAAGGUUGUUCUCAUGCGGGACAAACAAAGAAGGGGAAUCAUAUUUGGUGGAAUGGAAUGAAAGUGAAGGAACUGUCAAACGGACGUAUUUUGGUCUCGGGAAGCGAUCUGCAGGAGUUGUUCAAUUUGAUACUACAAAGAAUCGGUUCUUGGCUGCUGGUGAUGAGUUCGCUGUCAAAUUUUGGGACAUGGACAAUCUUAAUCUAUUGACAAGUACUCCAGCAGAUGGUGGCUUACAGCCUUCACCUUGCAUUAGAUUUAACAAGGAAGGAACGUUGUUAGCUGUCUCAACUGAUGAUAAUGGAAUUAAAGUUCUAGCAAAUUCAGAUGGGAUUAGGUUGCUACGGAUGGUGGAGAAUCGUUCAUUUGAUGCUUCUAGAGUUGGUCUGACUGCUAUGGUAAAGUCUCCAAAUAUUGGUACAUUUGGCUCCAACAAUGCAACUAUUGGAACAACCAUCGGUGAUCGGUCUGCACCAGUAGCUGCUAUGGUUGGAAUGAACAGCGAUGGUCGAAGUUUGGCAGAUGUAAAGCCCAGAAUUGUGGAUGAGUCUCUGGAAAAAUCUAGGAUCUGGAAACUUACAGAAAUCAAUGAACCUUCGCAAUGUCGCUCAUCAAGGCUUCCUGAUAGUUUGACUGCAAUGAGGGUUUCUAGAUUAAUAUAUACAAAUUCUGGAGUUGCCAUAUUGGCAUUAGCAUCUAAUGCCGUACACAAGCUCUGGAAAUGGCAGAGGAGUGAUCGCAACUUAACUGGGAAGGCCACAACUAGUGUAGCACCACAAUUAUGGCAGCCUUCAAGUGGAAUACUAAUGACUAAUGAUAUAAGUGGUACAAAUCCUGAAGAUGCUGUUUCAUGCUUUGCACUUUCAAAGAAUGAUUCUUAUGUCAUGUCAGCUUCUGGGGGUAAAAUCUCGCUAUUCAAUAUGAUGACAUUUAAGACAAUGACAACAUUUAUGCCCCCACCACCAGCAGCUACCUUUCUUGCGUUUCAUCCUCAGGACAAUAAUAUCAUUGCCAUAGGCAUGGAUGAUUCAUCAAUCCAAAUUUACAACGUUCGGGUGGAUGAGGUGAAAACAAAGUUAAAAGGUCAUCAGAAAAGAAUAACAGGUCUUGCAUUCUCCAAUACUCUAAACGUGCUUGUAUCUUCAGGAGCCGACAGUCAGUUGUGUGUUUGGAGCACAGAUGGAUGGGAGAAGCAAGCUAGUAAGUUCUUGCAAAUCCCAAAUGGGCGAGCAACAUCUCCUCAUGCAGAUACCCGUGUUCAAUUUCACCAAGAUCAGAUGCAUUUGCUGGCAGUUCAUGAAACUCAGAUUGCCAUAUUUGCAGCACCAAAAUUAGAAUGCCUAAAGCAGUGGGUCCCUCGUGAAGCAAGUGGUCCCAUCACACAUGCAACAUACUCAUGUGACAGCCAAUCAAUAUAUGUGAGCUUUGAAGAUGGAGGUGUGGGUGUUCUUACUGCUUCAACGCUGAGAUUGAGAUGUCGAAUAAGUCCUGCUGCAUAUUUACCUCCCAAUCCAAGCUUAAGAGUUUUUCCUCUGGUCAUUGCGGGACAUCCAUCCGAUCCAAAUCAAUUUGCUUUGGGACUAACAGAUGGUGGAGUCUAUAUCCUUGAGCCUUUGGAGUCUGAAGGAAAAUGGGGCACCACUCCUCCAGUUGAAAAUGGUGCUGGACCAAGUACCCCUUCUGGUGCAACUGGUUCAGAGCCACCCCAACGGUGACUCCUCCGUGUGCAGGUCUUUUAGAAAGGAUACCGAGUAUGUAUCUCUACCAUGCUAUCCCACUCCAUGGUCCCAUGUUAAUGUGAUUUUUAAGGGAAAGCUGCAUAAGUAAAUUAGGUUCAUUUAAAUGGCAUGACAUCCGUUUUGCAGCCAAGGCAUAGUGUUCAUUGAUUCCAUUAUUCAGGGUUGAUGUAAAUUUAGGAGUUGGUGCGUUAGAGAAGGUGGGCCUGACUAUGGACUUGAAAAAAAACGAAAUCAGGGACAAAAUAUGUGGUUUAUAAUAGCUAGGAGCCCUGGCUGUUUUCCCUUUAUCAUUUAGCGUUUCAGAAACUGUUAAUUAUUUGAUAUCACCAAUUUUUGGCUGAGCACAAACGUUAGUAGGUUAUUUUUAUU